AUACUUAGCAAUCGUCCAAUACAAUUAGUCGAAGUAAAGGCAAGGGGUCGCUAUGGUGCUGUUUGGAAAGCUCUUCAUAAGAAAGAUACAGUAGCUGUUAAAAUAUUCCCUCCUCAGGAUAAAAACUCAUGGUUAGUUGAACAAGACAUUUAUCAAUUACCACACAUGCAACAUGACAAUAUACUAUCAUUCAUUGGAGCUGAAAAACAUGCUAGUGUUAUUGAAGGUGCCAAAAAUGAAUAUUGGUUGAUUACUGCUUACCAUGAAUAUGGAUCAUUAUGUGACUACUUAAAAUCUAAUAUAUUAACUUGGGAUCAGCUUUGUCAUAUUGCCCAAUCUAUGACAAGUGGUUUGAUGCAUUUACAUGAAGAGAUUCCAUCAGAACGUUCAGAUCAGUAUAAGCCAGCCAUUGCACAUAGAGAUUUUAAAAGCAACAAUGUUUUACUUAAAUAUGAUUUAACUGCGUGUAUUGCUGAUUUUGGUCUUGCUUUGGUUUUUCAACCUGGCAAGUCUUGUGGUGAUACACAUGGGCAGGUUGGCACAAGAAGAUACAUGGCACCAGAAGUACUAGAAGGAGCGAUCAAUUUUUCAAGGGAUGCGUUUUUGAGAAUAGACAUGUAUGCAUGUGGAUUAGUAUUAUGGGAAUUGGCAACUAGAUGCACAGCACAACAAGGUGCUAUACCAGAUUAUAAGUUACCUUUUGAAGAAGAAGUUGGACAACAUCCAUCAUUGGAAGAUAUGCAAGAAUGUGUAGUACAUAAAAAACUAAGACCAGCUUUUAAAGAUAGCUGGAAAUCACAYCCAGGUUUAAUUGCUCUAUGUGAUACAAUGGAGGAAUGUUGGGAUCACGAUGCUGAAGCUAGAUUGUCUGCAUCAUGUGUAAUGGAACGUAUUACAUGGCAAUGUCGUCAAUAUGAUGGRACAGCCUUACCAUCAUUAGCACAAUAAAAUAUUUUAUUUGUAUAAUAGUAUAAUGUACACCAGCAACCUAGCUUCUGCCGAAGAAAAUAUUGGUGUUUCCUUUUAU